AUGAGCUCGCAGCCCGGGCAGGGGCUGCCCUUCCUCCCGGGCAACGCCUUCAGGGACCCCACGGUGAGCGCCGGCGCCCGGCCCACCCUGCCUCCCGGUAGCCCUUCUCCCCGCCCCAGCCCUCCCGGGGGCUGGGCCUCUAAAACAUCUUUUCAUCGCUCUCAGACAUUGGACUACAAAAAUGGAAUUGCCUUUUUUCGGCUGCCAACAGUGGGGAUAGGUGGGGAGCGACUUUAUGUGAAUCAGCUCUCUCAAUCUGAAUUAAAUGAAUUAUGCAGCAUGAGACCCACGUUGACCUAUGGGCAAGCCAAGCGGGCUCCGCCUUCAGACUUCAUUCCAGCAUACGUGGCUUUUGACAAAAAGAUUUUGAAGUUUGAUGCAUACUUCCAGGAAGAUGUUCCUCUCUCUGCAGAGGAGCAUUACCGGAUCCGCCAAGUGGGUAUCUACUACUAUUUGGAAGAUGACAGCAUGUCUGUCAUGGAGCCUGUUGUGCAGAACUCUGGGCUUCCUCAAGGCAAACUUAUCAGACGCCAGCGGAUGCCCAAGAAUGAGCAUGGGGAUCAUUACCACUGGAAGGAUCUGAAUCGAGGCAUGAACAUCACCAUGUAUGGCAGGACGUACCGCAUAGUUGACUGUGACCCGUUCACACAGGUGUUCCUGGAGAGCCAAGGGAUUGAACUGAACCCUCCAGAAAAAAUGAUUUUUGAUCCUUACACAGAACUGCGUCGGAUGCCUGUGCGCAAGUACAUCACACCAUCAGAUUUCGACCAACUCAAACAGUUCCUGACUUACGACAAGCAGGUCCUGCGUUUCUACGCCAUGUGGGAUGACACUGACAGCAUGUUUGGUGAGAAUCGGCCUUACAUCAUCCAUUACUACUUAGCAGAUGACACAGUGGAGGUUCGGGAAACCCACAAGCAUAAUGAUGGCAGAGACCCAUUCCCAGUGCUGAUAAGACGCCAGCGGCUGCCCAAAGCCUUUGUGGACAAGAAAAAGACCUUCCCAAGUUGUGUGCUGGAGAUCUCUGAUCAGGAGGUCCUUGAAUGGUACACAGCCAAGGAUUUUGCUGUUGGCAAAUCUACCACUCUCCUUGGACGCCCUUUCUUCAUCUAUGACUGUGAUGAGUUCACACGAAACUUCUAUCGUGACAAGUUUGGCAUUACAGACUUCCAGCCAGUGGAUAUAAAGAAGAAACCACUUGAGGAAGUGCCGCAGAUAAUUCCUCCCUACAAUGGUUUUGGUUUCCUUGAAGACUCCCUUCAGAACUGCUUUUCUCUGCUUCCAAAGCCUCCUCGGAAAGAUGUUAUUAAGAUGCUAGAGAAUGACCACAAGGUGCUGCGAUACCAGGUGGCCCUGGAAUCACCAAACCCUGAGGACAGAAAGCGGCAUUUCAUCCUCUCUUAUUUCCUCUCAAAUGACAUGAUCAGCAUCUAUGAAACUCCAGUCCGUAACUCUGGUAUCAUUGGAGGCAAAUACUUAGGCAAGACCCGAGUCCCCAAACCAGGCUCUACUACAGAGAAUGCCACAUACUAUGAGCCCUCUGACCUCACCAUUGGUUCCACAAUUGAAGUGUUUGGCCACAGGUUUGUUAUCACCGAUGCUGAUGAAUACGUGCUCAAUUAUAUGGAGAGCAAUGCAGAGAGUUUCCCUGAGGCAACACUGCAGUCCCUGAGGGAUCAUUUUCGCCCAAGGAAGGUGAUAAAGGAGACUGCCAAAAGUGACAGCCCCUUACUAGGGACCAGCAAGCAGGAAUUGGAUGAGUUAAUUGUGCAGGUUCAGGAAGAGCUGAAGCUCCGUAACUACUUGAACAACAGGAACAUUCAAGAGGAGUUUCUUCAGCAUGACAAGGAUGGCUCUGGAAUCCUGGACAAAGGAGAAUUUUUAGCCCUUUGCGACAACUUGAAUGUUCCGACCAGUGAUGUUCUGGUUAACAAGCUGAUUGGCCUAUGUUCUUGCGGAGAAAACAAGAUAAGCUACCGAGACUUCCUUAGAGCCUUCCCCUCCUGA